AUUUGCCCACUGACCGGUUCUUCAAAGCUUGGCGUGAGGCCACAGCCGCCGCCAUUCAUCAAGCCUGGGCUGACACAACGUUGCUCUUGCAUUCGGCGACCGAGGUGACCGCGCAUUACAGGGCCGACAUUAAUACGAUGGUCAUCCCGGCACCGAUUCUGCUUCCCAACACCUUUCUCCCCGAAGGUCCAGCCGCCUUCAACUACGGUAGCAUUGGCACGAUUAUUGCUCACGAGAUGAUGCAUGGCUACGACGUCGUAGGAUCACAGUAUGAUGAGAACGCCAAGGAGAGGCAUUGGCUGUCACCUGAAUCGGCCAACCACUACGUGAACAGGACGCUGUGCUUGCGGCACUUGCACAAGCACGUUCUCCAGCCAAGGCAAGAAGUUCUAAACGACACUGUAGACUCGGAAAACCUCGCUGACUUAGGGGGAACAACGAUGGCAUACUCCGCUUUUAGGAUGCUGCCUCCCUCAAAGAGGGACACCAUGCUGCCAGGCGUUGCCAUGACAGCGAACCAGAUAUUCUUCGUCGGUCAUUGCACACCGUGGUGUGAAAUUGAGCUCAAUAAUACCUCACCGCCCUGGCUCUCGGGCCACGAUCGCUACCCACCUGGCCGCUCCCGGUGCAUCGUGCCACUCAUGAACAUGCCCGAGUUCUCGGAUGCAUUCAACUGCAAGCUGGGGUCGUACAUGAACCCGCCAAACAAGUGCAAGUUCUGGACAUGAAAGUAGGAAGUAUAAUGUAAUAAAAUUCCUGCUUCACUCGACAAUCUAACAGAUAAGCCUACCAUCCCAGUUUUUCUGGCCCUCUACGCGUGAACUCGCUUGUGUGUGUGCUUCUUGCUGCAUAUGCGUUCGAAAUAAUAUAUUAUUUCUUCAAC